AAAGGAAACAAGAAAGAAUAAACUUCAAAAGCGAAAACUGCAUCGGAGUGACAAAUCGGGGUCCUCUUUUUAGGUGUGGUUGCAAAAAGUUUUAUCAAUUUUCGGCUAGAAAAGCCUCAAAAUUCACCAGUAAAAGUAGUCGAUUGCGUAGUUCCGUAUUUCGUGAGUUGGGGAAAAGUGCAGUGUUCUGUGAAUUUCAAGUGGAAACUGGUGCAAAAUGUCUGGAAGAUUGCCAGCUUGUGUGAUCGAUGUCGGAACGGGCUACACAAAGCUCGGUUUCGCUGCGAACAAGGAGCCCCAGUUCAUCAUUCCGUCGGCGAUUGCCAUCAAGGAAACGGCCAAAGUCGGGGACCAGAGUGCCCGCCGCGUCACGAAAGGGGUGGAAGAUUUGGACUUCUUCAUCGGCGAUGAGGCGUUCGAUGCCACCGGGUACUCGGUUAAGUACCCCGUCCGUCACGGGCUUGUCGAGGAUUGGGACUUGAUGGAACGAUUUCUGGAGCAGUGCAUCUUUAAGUACCUCCGGGCCGAGCCAGAAGAUCAUCAUUUCCUGCUGACGGAGCCCCCGCUGAACACCCCGGAGAACCGAGAAUACACUGCCGAGAUCAUGUUCGAAACGUUCAACGUGCCGGGACUGUACAUUGCCGUGCAGGCGGUCUUGGCCUUGGCAGCCAGUUGGGCAUCCCGUCCGGUGGAGGAAAGAACACUGACGGGAAUCGUGGUCGACAGUGGAGACGGUGUGACGCACGUUAUUCCGGUGGCGGAGGGAUACGUGAUCGGGUCAUGCAUCAAGCACAUUCCGAUCGCCGGUCGGAACAUAACUUCGUUCAUUCAGAGCUUGCUCCGCGAGCGCGAGGUGGGAAUCCCUCCGGAGCAGAGCCUCGAGACGGCCAAGGCCAUCAAGGAACGGUUCAGCUACAUCUGCCCGGACAUUGCCAAGGAGUUCGCCAAGUACGACUCGGAACCGGCCAAGUGGAUGCGCCACUACGAGGGAAUCAAUGCAAUCACCAAGCAGCCGUUUGGAGUCGACGUGGGAUAUGAGCGAUUCCUGGGGCCGGAAAUUUUCUUCCAUCCGGAGUUUUCCAAUCCGGACUUUACGACACCACUGUCGGAGAUUGUGGAUACGGUUAUCCAGAACUGCCCGAUCGAUGUGAGGCGGCCGCUGUAUAAUAAUAUUGUACUGAGUGGAGGAUCGACCAUGUUCAGGGAUUUCGGUCGACGGCUGCAGCGUGACAUCAAGCGUAGUGUGGAUGCUCGUUUGAGAAUCAGUGAGAACCUUAGCGAGGGUCGAAUCAAGCCUAAACCAAUCGAUGUUUCGGUGAUUUCCCAUCACAUGCAAAGAUAUGCAGUUUGGUUCGGUGGCAGUAUGCUGGCCUCUACGCCCGAAUUCUACCAGGUUUGUCACACGAAAGCCGCCUACGAGGAGUACGGUCCGGGCAUUUGCCGUCACAAUCCCGUCUUCGGCACCAUGACGUAGUUUUGUCACGUCGGACGCGACGUGUUUGGAUCGUUCCUUCCGCUGCUGCAUUGAUUUUACCCGAUUAUUAUAUAAAUACUAGCAACUUUUAAAAUUGCAUUUAGAGAAACCGAAAUUCCAUAACAGGCGUCAACGGACACACAAAUCCAUUUGCGUAAAGCGGGUUCCGAUCGUGCGUUGCGGAAACCGUGCAAAACAAAAAAUUAAGUAAAACAGUGUUGAUCACUAGAUAAUUUUCACAUUUUUCGCAUGCUACUUUAAGCAUUGGAUCAUCAUUACAAAUUAUAGACACCUAUAAUUAGCUUUUGUUUUAUGCAUCAAUAAAUUUAGCUUUUCUUUGAAAUUCCAACAUACUCUGUUCAGAAAUUACGUCAACUUGGAAGAAACAACCGUAAGAAAGCGUGGUAAGAUACUACACAUUUGAUACCAGAAGCAACCAACAUGCCAAAAUUCAAGAUAGAAACAAUCGAGGAUGCGUUUAUUUUGGACCUUAUCAUGACGAUUAUAGGAACUUGGAGCUACAACGAAACGUAAAUCAAGUUCAGCGGUCACGAAAUCUUCUAACACUCUAAGCGAAGUUUAUUCACAGUAUUUGGGAAGUCUUUCAUUCUUUUAAAAUUACUCCCGAACUCUGUGUUUGGAUUGAGUGAUCAAGCAGGGGCAAAAGAAUGCAAGCAAGCUAAUGAAUUAUAAAUCAAAUAUGUAAACACAUUCUAGAUAAUAAAGUUAAAUUAAAUAAGAAA